AGUCCUUACAUGUUGAACUGGAUUGCGUGUGUGUGCUGGUGCUCCCUGGAAAACCCAGCUCUCUUACCCUGAUGGUGUUUUAACUACUGUCCUUCCUACCUGCAGAUAACCUGGUUUUCCUUAUGGUAACCGCGGCACCUGGCUGAUGAGCAGGGCGUUGAGGCCACCGAAUGAGGCCGGGGCGCAGACCUGGGAAGCGGAGGACGAUGACAUGGCAGAAGGCGACUUAGGGUACGGCCUCGGGAGAAGGCCCGGCGGUAUUUAUGAAGUGCCAGUUUCACACUUGGUCACAUCUAGAAGAAGAUCAGAUGAGACGAACUGUAGUCCUCCCCCGUUUCCCAGGAAGGGGGAAGAAAGAAGUGGUGCUGUUUGUCGGCGUCCCAGGCCUCAAGACACAUACCGUGAAGGGCCCAGGACCCCCCAUCACAGACGACACAGUAGCACUGAUUCUAAUUCGGAAUUGCCAAAUGUAGAGUUAAAGCAACGUCUUGAUGAAACAUUAGAGGAGGUAGAAAAUUUAAAAACUGAACUGGAGGCCUCUCAAAGACAACUGGAAGGUAAAGAGGCAGCACUGAAAAUUCUUCAAAGCAUGGCAAUAUUUGGCAAAGCCACAAGUCAUACCCAGGCAAUAUUUCAAAAAACUGUGGACGAAAAGAGAUCCUUGGAGAAGGAAAUAAAUGCCUUGCAGUGGAAAAUAGAAUUUGAUCAGAAUAGAAUAAAAAAUAUAGAGGAAACUUGGACCCAAAAAUAUGACAGGCUAAACUGUGAAAAUGCAGUCCUCAAAGAGACUUUGAACCUAAAAACAGAAGAAAUUAAAAUGCUGAAGUCUGAAAAUGCAAGCUUGAAUCAACAGUAUUUGGAAGCCCUGGCUAUGCUUGAAAUCAAACAGCAGAAGAUGGUUCAGGAAAACAUGUGCGAUGCUAAAAGUGACUUUACAGAGUUUUCAGGCCUUGAGCUUGCGGUCCUUGGAGCCUGCCUUUGUCAUGGUCCUGGAGGGAGCCCCUGUUCCUGUGCCAAAAUGGCGGCAUCUGCUCAGAAAAGGAUUCUUCAGCUCAAACAAGAGCUGGAACUUUUGCAGAAGAGAAAAGAAGAAGCUUACAUAAUGGCAGAUGCAUUCAGAAUUGCAUUUGAGCAACAACUAAUGAGGAAAAAUGACCAGGCACUAAGAUUGACACAAAUGGAUAAAAUGUGUAAAAAAGAAACAAAAUGGAUAAAUUCGAAGCACCUUAAAGAGGAUGGAUCACUAUCACAAAGGACUAAGAAGACCCUAGGGCAGAAACUGUUGGGUAUGCUCCCUGCAGAAAAUAGUUCUAAGAAGACUGAAGACCAGGAUAACCCUCAGGAAGUCUUUAAGAUGCUAAUAGAUUUGCUGAACGAUAAAGAAGAAGCUUUGGCUCAUCAGAGAAAAGUUAGCUACAUGCUUGCUCGGGCACUGGAAGACAAAGACAUAGGCUCAAGAGAGAAUAAAGAAAAAAAUCCCAUGAAGGACAAUUUUCCAUUAAAACACCCCAAGCAGAAAACAUCAGAAUUCUCUGUUUUGCAUGAUCCUGUACGUUCAAGUGUUCACAUUUUUAAUUCUGUGGGCUGUGUUUGUUCAAUCCAGCACCUUCAUACAGAUCAAAACUAUAAAAGAACUCUGAAAAGAUCUCAUUCUUUGCCACGAAAUAUCAUCUUUCGAAGAUAAACCAGUUGAAAUUAGAACUGAGAACUGUUUGUCAAGAGACUUUGAAAAAGGAUUGUGUAAACAUUGCCACAUCUUCAGAAAUUGUAUGUUUUCCGGGUAUUUCUAAAUUUUAGGAGGCAGUUUAAAUACUCAAAUGUUUUCUAUAAGAAAUUUAUUAGUAUUCUGUGAUGACAUAUUUAUAAAUUACAUUACUAUAUUUUAUAAAAUCUUCAUUUUUUGCCAACUUCUUGAAAACAAAAAUAUUUUUUUGAGAAAAGCAAAACAUUAUUUAACUAUUUAGAAUGACUAUGGGGAUCUUUGACCGGCUCAAGCAAGAAUAUAAUGUAAAUUAAUGCUCUAAGAAAUAACAACAAUGCCUAGGAGUGAUGGAAUGUUAAUUUUUGAAAUAUAUUUAUCAUGUUUUA